AUGAGGUUCACCCAGGGAUCUCUGCUUCUUGUGCUGCUGGCCUGCAGCCUCUCUCCAGUCCAUGGUGUCCUGGAGACCUAUAACACAAACUUAAAGUGUAAAUGCAUCCGAGAGACCUUCAACUUUGUCUCCAUUUUGCUCAUUGGAAAGCUUCAAAUCUUGCCCCCUGGGAAUGGAUGUCCAAACACAGAAAUCAUAGCCUGGAUGAAGAAUAAGUCAGUUAUCUGCUUGAACCCUGGAGCCAAAUGGACACAAAAACUAAUGAGAGUGUCGAGAAAAAGUGCUUUUUCAACUUCACCAGCUCCAGUGUUUAAGAAAAUGAUUGCCUGAUGCCAAUAUUACCACCAAGAACACCUGCAUUCCCCCUUCAUUCCUGCCCUCAGUUUUAGUUU